CUCUCUUCAUACAACGUCGUCAUGGCAGCACAAACCGAGGUCAAAGUGCCUAUACGGCUCAGCACGCGCGAUCAAUCAAUUCGCCUGGAACAAGACGCUGGAGUGUUGCUCGUUCAGACCACUCUUAAACGACCUCAGCUCUCGGCUCUCGUGAACAACCUUCUGCGGCCGGAUGCGCAACCGAUUCCCUUCGACAUUCUGAUCAAUGGGCAAUUCCUCCGGACUACGAUUGAUGAGUUCCUUACCCAGAAUGGAAUCUCUUCAGAAACAACCCUAGACGUCGAGUAUGCGCGCGCCUUCGUUCCACCGCUCAAUGUCAGCAGCUUCGAGCACGAUGACUGGGUGUCUGCGGUCGAUGUAUGGUCGCAGGACGUGCAAAGCGGACAGGAACGAAUUCUCAGCGCCAGCUACGACGGCCUUUUAAGAGUAUGGAACACAUCCGGCGAUGUUCUGGCGACAUCAACCGCACCUAACAACGGCGGGCGCAUCACGAGCUUGAAAACCGCGCGCUGGAUCUCCGACAAGAAGAUCGCAGCAGCCGGCCUGGACAACACAGUCCGUGUCUACAAAUACGACGAUGAAAGCCGAACGCUCACUACGACGCUCGAACUUUACAAUCACAGAUGGGGCGUCGAAGACAUCGCCGUCUCAGCCUCCUCCUCUCGCCUCCUCUCUGCUUCCUCCGACACAACCAUCUCCCUCUUCUCCACCAACCCCAAAGACAACCCCGCCGCACCCACAACCCUCCUCCCAACCUCAACAACCGCCUCCAACAAGCGUCAAAAGCUUUCCAAACCUGACCGCACCGUCCCCUCGCGCGGCGCUCUUGCCACCCUCGCCGCUCACACCGCGCCCGUCUCAUCCACCAUUUUCAAACCCUCCGACCCUACUGUCGCAUACUCGACCUCGCACGAUCACACGCUCAAAACAUGGGAUCUCACAACCGCUUCAUGCGUAGAUACCCGCACCACCGGCCACGCCCUCCUCUCACUAACCGCACUCCCGCAACUUAACCUCCUCGCAACAGGAACGUCAGCACGACACAUCACACUUAUCGACCCGCGCGCUUCCGCGACCCAAAUCAGCGCCAUGACGCUUCGCGGACACAAAAACGCAGUCGUCUCCCUCGAUUCCGACCCUUCGUCUGAAUUCCACCUUCUUUCCGGCUCCCACGAUGGCACGGCUAUGGUGUGGGAUGUUCGCAGUGUGAGGAGUGGUGCUGCAGGUGUUGAUGCCGAGGGUAGAGUCGGGGAGUGUGUUUAUAGCAUCGAACGGGAGAGCAUUAAGGGUGGCAGUAAGACGCAUGCGCACGGCGAAGGGACGAAGGUGUUCGGGGUUAGGUGGGAUAAGAGUGUUGGGAUUGUUAGUGCGGGUGAGGAUAAGAGGGUGCAGAUUAAUCGGGGGAUUGAGUUGUAAGCUUGUUGCAUAAGAAGGAGAGAGGAGAGAGAUGUGUCGACGCUUGGAAUAUCUUGAUUGCAUUGUGCACAAGGACCGUAGCAGGACUCGACGAUAUCUGACUUUGUUUAUGGACGAAUUGGACUGUAUGAAUUGGGUUGAU